AUUGACUAUUACUGUCGACUGGAUUGUCUGUGGAAGAAUAAGUUUAAAAAAGAACAUGAACAGUUUGAAACAAUGGAGAAUGUGAACAGGCUUUUGCUGGAAAAUGUACUUCCAGCACACGUUGCUGCAUAUUUCAUUGGUGAAAAACGAAAUGAGGACUGGUACCAUCAGUCUUACGACUGUGUCUGUGUCAUGUUUGCAUCGGUACCAGAUUUUAAGGUGUUUUAUACUGAAUGUGAUGUCAAUAAAGAAGGCCUGGAAUGCUUGCGGCUGUUAAACGAAAUCAUUGCUGAUUUUGAUGAGCUCUUGCUAAAACCCAAAUUUAGUGGUGUUGAAAAAAUAAAAACCAUUGGAAGCACUUACAUGGCAGCAGCUGGUCUCAGUGUUACGCCAGGCCAAGAGAACAACCAGGAUAAGGAAAGGCAGCACGCUCACAUCGGCAUUAUGGUGGAAUAUGGAAUUGCCUUGAUGAGUAAACUGGAUGGCAUCAACCGACAUUCCUUUAACAAUUUCCGCUUACGUAUUGGGAUAAAUCAUGGCCCUGUGAUUGCUGGUGUGAUUGGUGCCCGGAAACCUCAGUACGAUAUCUGGGGCAACACGGUGAAUGUCGCUAGCCGCAUGGAGAGUACGGGGGAACUUGGCAAAAUCCAGGUUACAGAAGAAACAAGUAGAAUACUGCAGGAGUUGGGAUAUUCGUGUGAAUGCAGGGGACUCAUUAAUGUCAAAGGCAAGGGGGAACUGAGGACUUACUUUGUUUGCACCGAGACUGCCAAAUUCCAAGGUAUGGGACUGAACUGA